AUGGAUUUGUCUAAACGAUUAAUUAUUACUCAACCAAUGUAUUUCAGUGAACCUUCUAGGGACUGUGGAUAUUGUAAAGGUGUCAAACAAGAUGAUUCUCAAUACUAUUCACUAGAUUCAUGGGAGACUAGUAAAGGAAAAACUGGGGAUACUCACUACAAUUGCACUAUGGGAUUCCAUUGUGAAUCUAUGUCUGUGAAGAUGUAUGAUAAACUAUGUAAUAAUGGUUUUAGACGGUCUGGUACCUUUUUAUAUAAACCUGAUUUAUUAAGGUCGUGUUGUAGACUAUUUACAAUAAGAACUACACCAGAUCAAGUGACUCUAACCAAGGAAUUAAAAAGUUGUGUGAAGAGGUUUAAAAAAUAUGUUGGUGUUUCGGCUGAUGCUAAUACUUCAAGGAAAAAUAAGCCGUUUGAUUAUAUAGAUAUUAUAUUGAAUACUCAGAUUCGAUCUAAACGGUUUUACACAAGAUUUGAGCCUGCCAUUUUUACUAAGGAAAAAUAUCAAUUGUUUGCCAAAUAUCAAGAAAAGGUGCACAAUGACUUUAAACACAGCGAAAGUGGGUUUAAACGAUUUCUAUGUGAUGCCCCAUUUGAUGAUAAUGUAAUUCAAGGUACAAAUGAGGAAUGGGAAUCCUUAAAUAGUAUCUUCACCUCAAAGGAGACUAAGGUAAAGGCAUAUAGACUAGGUCCUGUACAUGAAUGUUAUUAUUUUGAUGAUAAAUUAAUUGCCAUUGGGGUUCUUGAUUUCAUGCCAAGUGGUAUUUCUUCGGUCUAUUUUAUUUGGGAUCCGGAUUACAAACAUUGGUCCUUAGGUAAACUAAGUGCUUUAAAAGAAUUGACAUUAUUGUCACAGAUGGGAUUACCCUAUUAUUAUCUAGGUUAUUACGUAGAUGAUUGUCCAAAGAUGAAUUAUAAAGCAGGUUAUGGUGGUGAAUUGUUAGACAUUGUUAACUUGAAGUAUGUACCAUUAAACUAUUUAAAGACAAAAAAAAUUAUAGAUGGUGGUAAACUUUUCAUUAUGAGAAAUUUUGAUAAGAACGUUUUAUCUGAAAAUACAAUCAAUAUGAAUGUGUCACUGGAUAAGAUUGGUGUGAAUGAAUUUCCAACGAUGAAAGAUUUAGAUAAUUUAAAUAAUGUAGCUGAAAAAUUAUAUGGGCUGCAUCCUGGUAGUGGUGAAUUUAACGAUUUAUCGAAGAUCAUUCAAGAAUUAAAAAAAUUGGGUGUCUGUUAUACAUUAGAUUUGCAAGAUGAUAUUUUAGAAUUUGUAAGACGUUAUAAAUUAGACAAAUAUAGAGAUGAGAUAGAAGAUAAAAUGGAUGAAGAAUGGGAAAGCGAAGUGGGAGAAGAGGAGAUACAUAAUUAUAUUGAUUCUCGAUUGAAGUUUCCUAAUGUGGUCCCUGGGUUGAUUCCGUUGGCUGAAUUACUAACCAUGAUAAAGGAAAAUAAACUCAGCGAAUUAAAUGGUAGAUUAUUUCUUUUUGAUUUGGCAGUGCAUAGAAUCAGGCCUAUUUUCAAUAUACUUGAAGAAUCCCCUGAGAUUCUUACCAUGUUAUGCAAUUUAGUCAGAGUCCUGGGAUUAGAGAUGGCAAAAAAAUGCUUGGUUAUUCUUAAUUAG